AACCAAGCCGAAAGACCCACAAGGGAGAGGAAUUGGAGUAAACGCCAACCAUGUUCUGCGCUCGUAUUUCCAAAUCAGCGGCACCACGCUCUCUUGUCAAGACCAGCCAUGUGGCACCAUCUUUCAUUCGGAAUCUUGCAACAGUCUCACCAGUGCAGACGGCUACUCGUAAUCACAAAAUUGUUGUGAUUGGCGGUGGUUCAGCUGGUAUCGCUCUCUCCCACCAAUUGCUUCGCAAAGGGAAUUUUGCCCAAGACGAUAUUGCCAUUGUUGAUCCCGCGGAAUGGCACCACUACCAACCCGGCUGGACCCUUGUUGGCGGUGGUCUGAAAAAGAAGGAAGAGCUUCGACGCCCACUAAAAGACUUGAUCAACCCCAAAUUCAAGUUCUACAAUACAGCCGUAGGAAGCCUUAACCCAGAUCAAAACUACAUUACUACUGGUGCUGGAGAGAAGAUCGGGUAUGAGCAACUUGUCGUCGUACCUGGAAUCACGCUGGAUUAUGGAGCCGUCCCCGGUUUGAAAGAAGCGCUGGAAGAGAAGGAAUCAAUGGUUUCUACCAUCUACGACUAUGCGUACUGUGACAAGGCGUAUAGCAAUAUCCAGAAGUUCAAAAAGGGUGAUGCGGUGUUUACCCAGCCAGCCGGUGUAGUCAAGUGUGCGGGCGCACCACAAAAGAUCAUGUGGCUUGCAUUAGACUACUGGAAGUAUGCUGGUUUAUACAACCAUACAUCUUCCAGCGAAUCACCAAUCAAAAUUGCGUUCGCAACUGGCUUGCCGAAGAUGUUUGGUGUAGACAAGUACAGCCAAACCCUCGAAAAACUCCGCGUAGAACGCGGAGUGCAAGGCCUCUUCCAACACGACCUAACCUCAAUCUCCGGCAACACCGCCACCUUCAACGUCCCCAACCAAGAUCCCAUCAAACGCCACUUCGACUUCCUGCACGUCGCCCCGAAAAACGUGCCCUGGCCCUUUGUUAAAAACAGCCCGCUAGCCAACGACGCCGGCUACGUCGCCGUCUCAGACAGCACAACGCAACACACCAAAUACCCAAAUGUGUGGUCCAUCGGCGACGCCUCCUCGCUCCCCACUAGCAAAACCGUCGCAGCCAUCACCGCCGAAGCACCCGUCCUCGUAUCUAACCUGCUCAGCCACAUGCAAGGGAAGCAGCUAGAAGCCGAGUAUGAUGGUUACACGUCAUGCCCGCUACUCACAGGGCAGAAGGAGGUGCUGCUUGCGGAAUUCAAGUACGGGGGUGUGCCGAAGGAGACGUUUGGGAAGGUGUUGGGAGUUGAUCAGGGGGUGCCCCGGAAGGCGUUUUAUUGGUUGAAGAAGGAGUUUUUUCCCUGGGUGUAUGGCAGGUAUCAUGUUAAGGGGGAAUGGGCGGGGCCGAAGGGGUUUGCGAAGUGAGGGUAUGGAGAGGGUUUAGAGGAGAGAGUGAUGCUGGGGUUAGCAUGUCUGCUCGCUGCACGAGGAAGAGAGGGGAAUACCUUUAGCAAAACCAGUCGAGCUGGUGACUUCGCUUUUGGACAUUUUAAAAGCUCAGUAGUAGCUAUUGCAGCUAUAUAUUCAUAGAUAACAGAAGCUAAAUAUGGGCGAGAUCGUGGGCAAGCUGCACAAAAGCACAGACCGCAAUUCCUUUGUGUAGUAUAGGUUACACGAACUGUCUACCUACAUAAUCUUUGAGCAGCUCAGCCUACUGAGCUAUGAGAUGGAUACCAGCUGAAAACCAUUGCUGUCUUCAAGCCAAUAAAUUUAUAGACAGCUGUACCAA